AAAAUGCUUACAAGGAUGACAGGAUAAAGUCAUUUUCAAACACAGAUGUUCUGACUAAACUGCUAGAAAUUGCUUAUUUUUGACAGGUUAGGAACUGCUGACCAAAAAAGUUUCAUCAAGAUGAAUACCUCGCUCUCACACAGUCCAGUGAUUUUGAGCCACAGCAACACAAGCACAUGUUCUCCUGAGCCUCAGCACAUGUCUCUCGCUGUGAUCCUCUGUUUGGUCUAUGUGAUGGGUCUCCUGCUUAAUGGCUUCAGCUUGUGGGUCUUCACCUGUCGCAUUCACAAGUGGGACUCGGGAGUACUUCUUCUGUUUAAUCUGGCUCUAUCUGAUGCUAUUAUAACUCCACUCACUCCUCUAAUGGCAGCAUAUUUAGCCAUGGGCAACUGGAUUUUUGGGAAGUUUGCCUGCCAGUUGAAGAUCGCAGUUCUGAGUGUGCACUUCAAUGGAAGCAUCCUUUUCCUCACACUCAUUAGCAUACAUCGCUAUGUGACCGUGGUGCACUUCAAUCGCUCCUCACUUAUGAAAAGAAAGACUUUUGUGAAGAAACUUUGUGCUGGGAUUUGGUGUUUUCUUAUAAUGAACAGCAUUAUUUAUGGAUGGUUGCUUCCGGUGACCACUGAGGACAGCCAUAGGCAGUGUCUUACUAUCCAUCAGACGAAGCUCACGAAUGCAUACUUUAUUAUUAACUUUGUGCUUUUCAUUUUCUGGUGUAUUUUGCCCUUAUCCGUGUCUGUGUUUUGCUAUGGUCGUCUUGCCAGCUCAGUGUCUCGCAUUAACAUACAUUCUAUAAAGGGCCAGACAGUCAAAGCCAAGUCAAUGAGGAUGAUAGGCAUUUGUCUGGUCAUAUUUGGACUCUGCUUUCUUCCUCUCAAUGUGGUUCGGACCAUUGGAGUGGUUGUGAAAAAGUAUUACCCUGAGAAAUGCAGGCUUAUGUUGCGGUUGCAAACCGCAUAUUAUGUAUGUUACAUAUUAGCAGGAAUUAACUGUUGCUUGGACCCCCUGAUUUACUUUUUUGGUUCGCAUAACUUCAUUAAAGCAUUCAGGAGGUCUCUGAGGACGAUAGGAAUGAGACGGAAUGUUGAGAAAAAGAGUGAUUCAGAAUCAUUGAGUCAAAGUGUAAACAAAAAUGUCAUUUAUACAGUAUCGCAGUCAAUUUAAAGGAAUAGUUCACCCAAAAAUAAAAAUUAUAUCUAGAAUUACUCUCUCUCUAGUUGUUCCAAAACCUGUAUACAUUUCUUGUUGGGUUGAACACAGAUAAUGAUAUUUGGAUGAAUGCUUGUUUUAACCAAACAGUUAUUGGACCCCAUUGACUACCAUAGAACUGAUUGACUGCCCCAGAACUGUUUGCUGACCUGUAUUCUUCCAAAUAUAUCAUGUUCAACAGAACAAAAAAUGAUAAAGUAAUUAUGAAGUAUGGUAGUCAAUAGGACCCAAGAACUAUCUGGUUAUAAACAUUCUUCCAAAUAUCUUUCUCUGUGUUCAUCAGAACAAAGACAUUUAUACAGAUUUGAAACCACUCAAGGCUGAGUAAAUGAAGACAGAAUUUUUAUUUUUGGUUGAACUGUUCCUUUAUGCUGUGUAUUACAGUAUAAUUCGUUUUUUAUGUUUAAUUGGUCACAUGUAUGACAUGGUCAAAUGCAGCUUCCCUUACAGAAUACAAUCAAAUAAUAUAGAUUAGGAAUAAAAUUGAAAAGGUAAUAACUAAUUAUCACUUAAGAAAAUAAAUAUUUUCAUUCAAUUACAAAA